AUGGCCGUACAGGAACCGACCAGACUGCAGAGCUAUGUUGGCUUCGAUACGAUCACACGCCAGAUUGAGCAAAAGCUACUCAAGCGAGGUUUCCAGUUCAAUGUCAUACUCGUCGGCCAAACAGGCUUAGGCAAGUCAACGCUGCUCAACACGCUCUUUGCAAGCCAUCUGCUCGACUCGAAAGCUCGACUCGAGGUGGACGAGCCUAUCCGUCAGACGACAGAGAUCCAAUCUGUCUCGCACAUCGUUCAAGAAAACAAUGUCACAUUAAGACUGAACAUUGUCGACACGCCCGGUUUCGGCGACCUUGUCAACAAUGAAGGCUGCUGGGACAGCAUCAUCAAGUACAUCAAGGAUCAGCACUCGUCCUACCUCCGCAAAGAGCUCACGGCCAUGCGCGACCGCCAUAUCCAGGACACGCGAAUCCAUGCCUGUCUCUACUUCAUCGCGCCCACCGGUCACGCUCUCAAACCGAUUGAUACGAUCGUCAUGAAGCGAUUGAGCGAGAUUGUCAAUGUCAUUCCGGUCAUUGCCAAGUCGGACUCGCUUACGCUCGAAGAACGCGAAGUGUUCAAGCAACGCAUCAGAGCCGAGCUGGCUCAUCACAAGAUCAGACUGUAUCCUUUUGACUCUGAAGAUCUUGACGAGUCAGAAGUCCAGCUGAAUGAAUACAUCAGGAACAUGGCGCCCUUUGCCGUCGUCGGCUCAGAGCGCAGUGUGAUCAUCAACGGCAAGACUGUUCGAGGUCGCAAGAACAGAUGGGGCAUCGUCAACGUCGAAGACGAAGCGCAUUGCGAAUUCAAUUAUCUGCGCAACUUUCUUACGAGGACGCAUCUACAGGAUCUCAUCGAGACAACAGCACAGAUCCAUUACGAGGCAUUCAGGAGCAAACAGCUUCUCGCGCUCAAGGAGUCGAGCGCGAACAAGCAACAAGCUCAGAACGCAUAG